AUGAAUAUCCAACAUAUCGUUCACCCGCGGGGUGAUGAUAAAUCAUACCUUUCCAGUGGAGGCAAGAGUGGAAUGGCUGUUAGCAUUUCAUUUACGAGCUUAGCGACCAUCUUCGUCCUUGCUCGAGUCUAUACACGUGCUGGCAUAAUGAAGCGCAUGGAGUCGAACGAUUAUAUGGUUUUGAUCGCUCUGACAUUUUCAUUUGUUUUCAUGGCCUUCUUUCUUAUAGAAGCGAUGAAUGGAAUGGGGAUGCAUGGUGCUGACAUCCCACCACCUGUCCUUCUGAGGCAAAUGAAAGCGUUCUGGAUCACCAUCCCGUUCUACAAUGCUGCGCUUCUGUGCGCCAAAGCUUCAAUCCUUCUUCAAUACUUCCGCGUGUUUCCCACCAGACGCAUGCGCCUCAUCAACUGGACUAUGUUGGGAAUACUCGGCAUCUACGGGUCGUGGGCAGUUCUAAGUGCCUUUCUCAAUUGUAUCCCAGUAGCCAGAUUCUGGGACAAGACAGUUCCAGGGUACUGCUUGGAUGACAAAGGGCUGUGGUUCUCAAACGCCUCCAUGCAUAUUGCUACCGACCUUGCAAUCUUGAUCAUUCCCAUCCCGGCUCUGUCGAAACUAGAUCUUCCCAAGCGACAGAAGAUCGCACUGAUCACGGUCUUUGCAUUAGGCGGAUUUGUAUGCAUCACCAGUAUCUGUCGCCUGGUCGCUUUGAAGAAAAUCUCCGAUUCCACAGAUCCCACCUUUGAUAACGUUGGCGCUGCCUCCUGGUCCGCCAUCGAAUGCAACGUAGGAAUCAUUUGCGCCUGCCUUCCUACACUCCGACCUCUCGUAUCUCGCAUCGUCCCCCACCUCCUAUCAACUUUAAGCAGUCGUACUCGAAGCUAUAACCGAAGCUACAACAACGGGCCACUACCACACGGUCGCGCCCCGACAUACUGGGGCGGUGCUGGAACAGGAACAGUCUCGACCACCAUUACGGCAAUGGACGAUCUCGAGUUCGGCCAUAGCGCCGAUUCAGAUAGGGUUCUAACACUUGUCCCGGGGAUGGACAUCCACGGCAAGGAAAAGCUCGUGCUGAAGGAAACGAAGAGCAUAGAGGAUGCUUCUGAAAGAGUGGGGACUAGGGCAGGGUCAUCUUUAUCACACUGA